UUAUAGUGCAGUUCAUUUGGUUAAUUUUGUAAGGUGUUGAUAAAAGAGAAAGAAAAAAUGCAGGCAGUGAAGGACAAGAUAAAUGAAAUGGGCGCCAUGAAAAAGGUCAAGGAGGAGGCCAGGGCCGAAGAGAGGGCUGAGAAGGAAAUAGCAAAGGCGAGAGCAGACGUAGCUCAUGAGGUGCGAUUGGCUAAAGAAGCUGAAGCAGCAAUGUCACUGCAUGUGGCCAAGGCUGGGGAGAUUGCCAGAGCUGGAGACAAGGCAGCACAUGAACAUGAAAUUAAGGCAAAGCAUGCGGCUGAUGGUACAAACACUACACAUGGACAUGGAGCUUCUCCUUCUGAACUGGCCGGUGCGGGAGGUCAUCCAGCUUAUAAACGCAUGCCCUAAUUUUUUAUUUAUCUUUCCCUGAACAUGCACCUAUGAAUUUGUACUCCUUAUUCGUAUAUAGACAUAUAUAUAUAUAUAUAUAUAUAUAUAUAUAUGCAUGUGCUUUGUAUUGUUCAUGCAUUUCCAUGUAAUUUUCUAUGUUAAACUAUUUCUUAUAGUUUUGAUUCGAUACAGUUUUCCUUCGAUUUUAGGCAAAAUUGUUAUGUUGUGUAAUAUAAAAUUA